UAGGCGCCAUGGUGCUGCGGUGCGCCCUCCUCCAGCUCCAAUCAUCCGCAUUUCGGCGCUAUGCCACUGUAAGUACCUCACAUCGCAUCACAGCGCUUUAUCCUACGAGAUAUCGAGCGAGGCAGCAGCAUUUCAGCACAGGCCUGAGCUCCGGCACAAGCGCCACGGGUGGAUUUCCUUCUCCUUCCCCGGUCUCGGACGAGCACUCCCUGAGUGUGGCUAGUAUGACGAUCGCUUUCGACAGGGCGCUGCUGGAGCGGCGAACGGAGGAUGCUGUGUUUGCGGUAGAUGGGCUUAGAAGGAAAGGCUCGUUUCCAAGCCGGGAUAGUCUCAGCACUCUGAUAUCGCAGCUAGCCUACAAGCAGACACCGCUCAGUCUUUCCCAGGCUGAUAGAUUGAUCCAAGACUUGGUGGCGUCGCGCAGAGAGGAUCUCUUGGAUCAAAACAGCCUCUCGCUUCUAGCGCUCGCCUACGCCGGCGUUGGCAUGGCCAACUUCUCUCGGUCGACUUUGCGGCUCAUGUUCCAGACCGGGCUCUAUCCUCCGGUGAGAGUCUGGACAGCGGUGGUGAGCAAGAUCGCCGAGAGUUUCUCCGAGGCUCCAGCGGCCCUGGAGCUUUUCAAAGAGAUUUGCAAGCUCACGGGUGGGACUGUGGACGCGAGCAGUAGAGAGCCGUGUAAGAUGGUGGAGGAGCCGGACCCGGUGGCCAGGAUCAUCAAGUUGAUGGACUUUGCAAUGAUGCCGAAAGGCAACGAGGAGCUCUUGGUUUCGAUGAGGCCGGACGUCACGUCGUUUAACUCGGCUCUCCGGAUCUGUGCGACGCUGGCCGACACGCAGAAUGCCGAGGAGAUUUUCCACAGCAUGAGCUUGUUUGGUGUGCUUCCAAACAGCGACUCGUUUGAGCUGCUUAUCAAGGUUUAUGGGAAGGCCAGGCGAUUCGACUUGUUCCGGAAGGUUCCACAGAGAAUGGAGGCUGCCUGCGUCAGGCCCAGUGCGUCGACUCUCAAGGCUCUCAUCGACGCUUAUGUGGAGUCGGGCAACAUAGAGGAGGCCGAGAAGGUUUUGCAAAAGACGGUGCAAGGGAAGAGCAGCUUGUGGAACCUUGUGAAGCUGGAAGGAGACGUCUACAACAGCUUACUCAAGGCGUAUGCGUUAGAAGCGAGGCUGAGCGACGCUGCCAACCUUUUGAGCAGCGUGCCUCUCGAGGACGCAGGGACGGGGCUGGAUCAAGCCAGAGUCGUGGCGAGCAUGAUAGCGUCGGGAAUGCUCAAGGAGAUUUGCUCCAUUCUUCAGUACAUGCUACAGCACCGGAUGGAAGUCUCGUUCUCGGCCUACAAGUCGCUAAUGCACGGGUUCUGCGCCAACAAUCAGCUGGACAAGGCGGCGAGCUUUAUAAUCCUGAUGAAGAGAGCCGGGAUCAAGCCCGACUGUUCCAUCUACGGCCCUCUCAUCCAGGGACUCGUGAGGUGCCGAGACAGGCUACUCGCUUAUCACACGUUUCUGGAGAUGGUCGAGGCGAGAAUCGUUCCAGACGAGGCAACUUACGUCUCCUUGCUGAAGGCCUUGACGGUGGAAGAGCGAGCGAGCAAGAUGGUUAGAGUGCUGGAGGCGGUGAUGGAGUUCCCGAGCGUCAAGAUCAGCCUCUUCUCCUGGAACUUGGUGAUCGAGUACUGCUCGAAGAAGAAGCUGAUAGGGGACGCGCAGAGGAUGCUGGCUAGGAUGGCUCCGGCGGGUGUUCAGCCGGAUAGCUACUCGUACUGGUACGUUGUCAAGGGGCUGAUCACGCGGAGCCGGCUGACAGACGUUCUGGGACUUUGGCCACAGAUACAGUUUGCAUCGAGGAGAGAUCGGCCAAACAGGAUAAUCCUCCACAAGCAGCUCGUGGAGACGCUCAUGUAUGCGUUCGUGAAGGGUGCCAACUUCGCCCAAGCGCUGGAGCUUCUCGAGUAUGCCAAAGAGGAGGACAUCCCACUGGACAGGGAAGCGUUCAAGGACUUGUUCCUCAAGUACCACUCGCAUCGUUUCACCAGCAAGCACAAGUCUCCGUUGAGAGUUUACGGGCGCCAGCAGCAGCUCCUGGAGAUGGAGGAGUUUAAGAAGUGGCUCAGCCUCGGUGCGGUCAAAACUCCUGCUCGCUAUGCUAAGAUUCUGAAAUAUGGACCAUUCAAACGCGAUGAAGGGCCGUUCUUUUAAAAUUGUAAAUAUGUUUCUGGCAUCAGAAGUAGGGAGUCUGGCUAUUAUCUGAGAGGAGGAGGAGGAGAUGGUGGAAUGCACUCAAGCUCUUUCGUUUGGUUCAUGUGAAGUGAGCAGAUUGAUAAGUCCUUCAAUUUAAAGGAUAACUCUGCAAACUCGAAAAAUGGAGAAUGAAUGGAGAAUGACACUACUGACAGCA